AUGGCGGACACAGCUCCCGCCCAGACCGCGAUGCCUGCCACCGGCGCACCGGCAGCACCCACGAACGGCGUCACCACAGGGGCCUCGAAUGCGCCCAGCGACCAGAACACCACGAACCGGGGACUACCAUACUACGAGAAGUUGCGACGGGAGCUCCGGGACACGAUACAGAAGAAGCGACUGAUGGAUAAGAGCAUGGCCCAACUCGAAGACCAAAUCUAUCGAUUCGAACAAACCUACCUCGAAGAAACGACAGCCGGCAACAUCAUCAAAGGCUUUGACAAUUACAUCAAGGGCUCAUCAAGCGGCUCUAGUCUCGGUGCUUCCGGGUUAAGUCUCGGGUCAGGUGUUGGUGGUCGGCGAAAAGCACAAGUCACAGACUCCGAUCGAGUUUUCUCACGGAGCUCCGCAAGCUACAUGCAGGAUUCACCUGGCCCAUCCACCGCGCAAAAUACCCCAUCUCAGGCCGCAACACCGACCUCCACAGCUGGCGGGAACGCACCAUCGACAAAGAGCAAUGGCGGCGAAUCCGGGACGGCAUCUAAAGCUGGUGGUGGCGGCGGCGGCGGCGGCGGAUCUUCCAAAAAUAAGAAGAAGGCUAGUGGUGGCUCGAAGAAUACAAAGGGGAAAGCCCAGACAGAAGAACUUUCAGACGAUGCGGAUUCCAAGCCGCCUGUGAAACGGUUGAAGAUCAGCUACGGGCGAGAUUAG